AUGCUCGACCUUGGUCACAGCUUCUCAGUCACCACCUGCGAGAUCUUGGUGAAGAGAUUAUGCGGCGAAGGAAAAGAGGAAGAAGCUUGUGAGCUCAUGAUGGAGUUCGUGAAGAGAGGAGCAGUGCCGGAUGGGUUCGAAUGGUUGGAGUUGAUCGAGAGGUUGUGCAGGAAGGACGAAGCGGGGAUUGCGCUGAAAAUGUUUGAUGAAAUGUGGAAGAGAGGGAGAGGGGUGAGUGCGGUGGCGUGCAGCGCAUUGAUGGAAGGGUUGAGGAGUGCGAGGAGGAACGAGGAGGCGUGUGGGGUGAUGGAGAGGAUGAUGGAGAAGGGGAUGGUGCCGGAUUUGGUUACUUGUAACUGUGCUUUGGAAGGGCUUUGUGAUGCCGCUAAGACAGGAUGCGAAUAG